AUGGUAGAAAAGCUACAGGAGGAAAUGAAAGGGAGUGGUUUGCGUCUCAAGGGCAUCACGAGGGGUUUGAUUAGAGUUGUCAAGGAGAUGGACAAGGAGAAUAAUAAAUUUGGUAGGCCUGCUCCUGAAAUUGAGGGCCUAGUUGCUGCCACAGGACUAAGUCCUUUGAUCACGUGUUCAGUAGACACUGGCAAUUGGGGACUUAUAUCUGCAUUCAUGGAGAGGUGGCACAGGGAAACUAGCAGUUUCCAUCUUCCUGUGGGGGAGGUUAGCAUCACCCUAGAUGAUGUGGCGUCUCUGCUUCAUCUUCUCAUUGUUGGCGCCUUCCAUACAUUUGAGCCUCUCCAUGUCGAUGAGGCCGUGUUGAUGUUGGUUGAGUUACUAGAGGUCUCCGGAGAGGUAGCCAGAGCUGAGACAGCACAGUGUCAUGGACCAUAUGUAUGCCUAUCUUGGCUACGAGAUAUAUAUCAGACCAUAUGUCAGGCCAGACAUUGGACACCUGCAGCUCGUGCCUAUGUUCUUCAUCUUUUAGGUUGCACUCUUUUUGCUAACAAGAGUGCAACCCAUGUUCAUGUUGUCUUCUUAGAUUCUCUGCGUGACUUGAGUCAGAGUAGGAGCUAUGCAUGGGGAGCUGCUGCCCUAGUGCAUAUGUAUGAUCAUUUGAAUGAUGCUUGUAGGAGCAGCAGCUGA